UCAUCACACACACGUCAUCACACACGUCAUCACACCCUGGUGUCGUCACCCCCACCAGGCGUGGGUUUCUCUGUGAUGCUCAUCUCACUCUACGUGGGCUUCUACUACCACGUGAUCAUCGCCUGGGCCCUGCGCUACCUCGUCGCGUCCUGCACCUCCUCCUCGUCGCGCCUGCCCUGGGCCUCGUGCAACAACUCCUGGAACACGGCGGACUGCUCCGAGGCCGGGGCGGAGCGACGAGGUGGAGGAGGAGGAGGAGGAGGAGGCAACGUCAGCUUCUCCACCUCGUCCACCCACGACCGCCUGCCGACCAGCUGGCUGAGGACGACGCCGGCCGGGGAGUACUUUGAGAGGGAGGUGCUGAACCAGCACGAGAGCUCAGGGAUCGGUGACCUUGGGGCUCCUCGCUCCGAGCUGCUGCUGUGCCUGCUCGGUGUGCUGCUAGUCGUCUUCUUCAGCCUGUGGCGGGGGGUGAAGACGUCAGGCAAGGUUGUCUACGUCACAGCGACGCUGCCCUACCUCUUCCUCGUGGUUCUGCUCAUCCGAGGUGCCUCUCUUCCCGGAGCUGUCGAUGGCAUCGAAGCUUACCUCAGCGUCGACCUCUCACGCCUGCGUGAGCCCGCUGUGUGGAUCGACGCGGCCACCCAGAUCUGCUACUCCUUGGGUGUCGGCUUCGGGGUCCUCAUCGCCUUCGCCAGCUACAACAAACCCACCAACAACUGCUUCAGGGAUGCUAUGAUCACGAGCUGCAUCAACUGUGUGACGAGCUUCUUCUGCGGCUUCGUCGUCUUCUCCGUGCUGGGCUACAUGGCCCAGCGCCACGGGGUGCCCCUGCACAAAGUCGCCACCGACGGUGCUGGCCUGGUGUUUGUGAUCUACCCCGAAGCUAUCGCCACCCUGCCCAUCGCUCCAGCCUGGUCACUCCUCUUCUUCAUCAUGCUCCUCGCCCUGGGAUUAGACAGCGCGAUGGGAGGGUUGGAGGCGGUGCUCACCGGCCUCUCUGAUGAGUUCCCGGUGCUGCGUCGACGCCGGAAACUUUUCACUCUCCUCCUGGUGACGAUCGACUUCAGUGUCGCCCUCUUCUCCAUCACCAAGGGAGGCAUCUACGUGGUGACGCUGCUUGACCACUACGCUGCUGGCACGGCCAUCUUGUUUGGGGUGUUGAUGGAGGCGGUGGGUGUGGCCUGGUUCUAUGGUAUAGACCACUUCUGUGACGACAUGCAGUGCAUGCUGGGAUACCGGCCGGGCCUCUACUGGAGGAUCUGCUGGAAGUUCGUGAGUCCCUGCUUCCUGCUGAUGGUGUUGGUGAUGAGUGUGUGGCAGAGUGUACCACUCACCUACGGUGACUACCGCUACCCCGGCUGGGCCACUGCUCUAGGCUGGGCCAUCGCCGCCUCGUCCAUGGCGCUGUGCCCGGGCUACGCAGCCUACAAGUUGGGUACCGUGCAGGGGAGAGGCCUCAAGGAGAAGCUGGGAUUCGCCCUCAUGCCAGAGAACCAGCAUCACGUGGUGCACAAGGGACACGUACGGCACUACACGCUUAAACAUUGGCUAUCGAUAUGAGCUGAGAUCCCCAGAUACAUACCACCAUCACCACUACCAUCACCACCACCACCAUCACGACUACCAUCACCACCAUCACCACAACCAUCACCACAACCAUCACCACUACC